CCGGCAGAGGAAAGGGAGGUUCUGCCGCGUCCCCUCUUCUGCUCGCUCCGCCCGGGGCCGGUGGCGGGGAGCGGGCGGGAGCGGGGGCGGCUCUCGGCUCCGCCGCCGCCGCCGCCGCAUCCCCGCCGCAGCGGAAGCCGCGCCCCCGCCGCCGGGGCCGGCCGGGCGCAUCCCCCCGCCCGGCGCUCCCCGCCCCGUCCCGCCGCCGCCAUGAACCCGCUCUUCGGCCCCAACCUCUUCCUCCUGCCGCAGGAGCAGCAGGGGCUGGCGGGCCCCGAGCUGCCGCCGCCGCCCGCCGCCGAGCCCCUGUCCGGGGAGCCGCCCGCCGGCCCCUUCCCCGCGCCGCCCGCCGCCAUGGCCCUCCGCAACGACCUGGGCUCCAACAUCAGCGUCCUCAAGACGCUGAACCUGCGGUUCCGCUGCUUCCUGGCCAAGGUCCACGAGCUCGAGCGGCGCAACCGGCAGCUGGAGAAGCAGCUGCAGCAGGCGCUGGAGGAGGGGGCGGGCGGCCGCGGCCGCGGACCCCCGCGCCGGGACCAGGCGGUGCAGACCGGCUUCGUGGGUCCCAUCCGCACCCUGGGGCUGGGGCUGGGGCCGGGGCUGGGGCUGGGCUCGGCCCGGGCGCUGGGGUCCCCCGGCUCCCGCCCCGGCGGUCCCGGGCAGCCCUCCGCCUACUCGGCCGGCUCCCGCUUCAUGCCCGGCACCAUCUGGUCCUUCUCGCAAGCGCGGCGGCUCGGCCCGGGGCCCGAGACCACCCUGGUGCAGGGACCGGGCGUCUCCUGGGUCCAUCCCGACGGGGUGGGUGUGCAGAUCGACACCAUCACCCCCGAGAUCCGAGCGCUCUACAACGUGCUGGCCAAGGUGAAGAGGGAGCGCGACGAGUACAAGCGCAGAUGGGAAGAGGAGUACACGGUGCGUGUCCAGCUUCAGGACCGGGUGACUGAGCUGCAGGAGGUGAGCCUUGCUGUUCCCCCUUCCCCUGCACCCCGGCUGCCCCACACUGGUGCUGAUUUGCACAUCUCUCUCGCCCUGGCGCAGGAAGCCCAGGAGGCUGAAGCUUGCCAGGAAGAGCUGGCCAUGAAGGUGGAGCAGCUCAAGGCAGAGCUUGUUGUCUUCAAGGGACUGAUGAGCAAUAACAUCACGGAGCUGGACACCAAGAUCCAGGAGAAGGCCAUGAAGGUGGACAUGGACAUCUGCCGUCGCAUCGACAUCACUGCGAAGCUGUGUGAUGUGGCACAGCAGCGGAACUGCGAGGACAUGAUCAAGAUGUUUCAGUCUCUGCACUUGUCUCCCGUUAAGGUCCCAGCCUCGGUGGGGCGGAAGCGGGAGCGCAAGCAGGUCAGCGACGAGGACACCUCGCUGUCGGAGAGCGAUGCCUCCCGAAAACCUGACGAGGAGGAGGAGGACGAGACCACGGCCAUGAGUAUCAAUGAGGAAAUGCAGAGGAUGCUGAACCAGCUGAGGGAGUAUGACUUUGAGGAUGACUGUGACAGCCUCACAUGGGAGGAGACAGAAGAAACGCUGCUCCUCUGGGAGGACUUCUCUGGAUACGCCAUUGCAGCCGCAGAGGUGCAGGGGGAGCAGCAGGAUGACAGCCUGGAAAAGGUGAUUAAGGACACGGAGUCGCUGUUCAAGAGCCGUGAGAAGGAGUACCAGGAAACCAUCGACCAAAUAGAGCUGGAACUGGCCACAGCCAAAAAUGACAUGAACCGGCACCUCCACGAGUACAUGGAAAUGUGCAGCAUGAAGCGAGGCUUGGAUGUGCAGAUGGAGACUUGCCGGCGGCUCAUCACCCAGUCUGGGGACAGAAAGUCUCCUGCCUUCACCCCGACCUCCAACAGCGAGUCAGCACCGAAUGAGGAGAGCGAGGAAUCUGACCGUGAUCCCCCCAGCGAUGCUUCCAUCAGAUAAUGAGGGGAGGCCCGGCUCCCUCGGACCCCCUUCCUGGCACGGGGUUGCCUGAGUCACACCUGGGAGAGACUGUCAGGGACGUGGAACUGCUGGUAAACGUCUGUCGCCCAGGCUCACUCCCGUUUUGGGGUGCUUGGCAGAUCCCACACACCCCCUCACCGGAUACCUUGCAAAUGGGAAUAGCUAGAUAGACCUGAGGGCCCUUGCCCGGGCUGCUCUGCCUUCAGCCCCUUCUCUAUUCCCUUUCCCUGCUUUGGUUAAACCGUGGUUCGGGCAGGGAGGCUCCAAACCUGCCAUGGUGGCGUUCUGCAGGACCUGUUCCCAGGCGCCCCCAGACCCACCUCCUCUGGCCUCCGUCCUGGUACAUUUGACCUGCCCCUGCCCUCCCUGCGCUGCACGGAGCCGAACGAGAGCCGUACCUCCCUGCAAACUGGACCUGACACUGGUGCCAACUGGACCGAGCCCGGGGCUCUCCCUGUCCUUGCUGCUGGCCGGGCGCCUGGCUGGUGCCCACGCCGUGCCGGGCACCCCGAGCCCUCCCACGCCUUCUCCAGGGCGGGGGCUGAGUCCCGCUCACUGUGCACUUUGCUUUGCCGCCCGUCGGCGAUGCGCUCACGUCUGUGUUACGGGGGCGAGGUCAUUAAAUGGGACAAUUUCCUUUUCUACA